CACCACUUCAAGCACCAUUACCAGAAAUUUAUUAUUUGCUUACAGAAAAAGAUCCAAUAUCUAAAGUACCAUUUGUUAACAAAAUAAAAGCAUUUGUUUUUAUAUCAAUUGCUACUGAUUUGGAUUUGGAUUUUGCUAAUGAAAAAAAGAGGGCCUAUUGCUAUAGAAUUCAGAAUAAUUAUUAUCAUAAAAUUAGCUCAGCUUUGCCAGAACAAGGGGGAAUACCAAAAUUUUCCCAAAUAUAUUUUUAUAAUUCUUCAGAUAUUAAAGCACAAAUUGAUAGAAGACAUAAAAUAAUGCAGCAAACAUUAAACAGGGAUAUAAUAAAUAAUAUCCAAAAUGUAUUAAUGAAUUUAAAUCUUUUUGUAGAUACUUAUAUAUCUGCAAGAAAUGAGGAUCUAAAAGAUCUUCUGUAUUAUAUUUUAAUACAUAAUAAGCAUAGCAAAGAUAUGAGACAAUAUAAUGUACCACUAGUUAAAGAAGUAGCUGCAAUUUGUUUUUCUAAUAAAAAUAUACAUAUAAGAUAUUCUUAUUGUAAGACAUGA